AUGGGGCCAAUGCCCACUAUACAGUCUAACCCAGUCCUAAAAGGUUUUUCUUGUAUAUUGGAGUUAUUGGCUGAACCCUUGUAUAUACUUUCUCAGAACUUGCAUCUCCUAGAACUGCGGUUAAUUGUUGAAACUGCAGCUACAAUUUUGCGUUGCCUAACAACCUACAUCCUCAUUGUCAAGGAAACUGGAAUGGAGAAAGGGCUUGUAUUUGCAUUUUCUCAAGUUGCAUAUGGGGUUUGCUUGUUUUUUGGUUAUUGGAGCUAUUUUCUUCUUUUUCGUGUAUUUAAGAUCUCUACACUUUUCCCUUUCAGAGUAGGAAAUCAGAUGGAUGAUGAUGGGCAGCUUUCUAGCAUGUGUGACUUGUUCAACUAUCAAUCUAUUUGGAAGUUUUUCCUUCAAGAAGGAGAAAAAAUCAUCCUUAUGUUCUUUGAUACACCAUAUAAUCAAGCUGUGUAUGGACUAAUAGACAAAUUUGGGAGCUUGGUGGUGAGGUUGGUGUUUCUUCCCUUUGAAGAAAGUUCAUAUACUACAUUUGCAAGGUGUGCAUCAGGACAGGACCCAGAGGGAAUCAGAAUGAGGAAGUUAGGAAGUUGCCUCACAGAAGCGCUGAAGCUUAUUUUGUUAAUUGGUCUUGUGGUUGUGGCAUUUGGGCCAAAUUACUCUUACUCUCUCUUCAGACUGUUAUAUAACCGUGAAUGGAGCGAUGGAGAAGCACCUGCAGCUCUUCAAUUCUAUUGCCUUUAUGUUGUUGCUUUGGCUAUGAAUGGUACAUCUGAAGCAUUUCUACGCUCAGUGGCAACAAAAGAGCAACUUGAGCAGUCAAAUAAGUCAUUGGUUGUGUUCUCAUGUAUUCACUUAGUCCUGAAUGUUUUCCUCGUGCAAUCUGCUGGUGCAGUCGGCUUAAUUGUUGCAAAUUCUCUAAAUAUGAUUUUGAGGAUUGGCUACUCUGUGAUAUUCAUCAAGAAUUACUUCCAGGGUUCCGCCUCAUUUUCUUUAUGCAGCUGCUUGCCUUCAGGUUGGAGAGCUCUGUUAUUUUCAUUCGUAACUACACUUAUUUCUGAGAGAAUAUUUCUGGACAGAGAGAACUUCUUGCCGACAUUUUUAAUUCAUUUUUCUAUUGGAUUGACUUGCUUCUGCAUCUCUUCCUUUGUCAUCUAUCGUAAUGAGAGGGCUCUUAUCAACAAAAUUAUCCGUUUACGGGAUCACUCGGACUAAGGAGCAGACACUUUCCUGACUGCCCUUAAAGGUUCCCCUGAUGGUAUGGAGGUAGAAUCAGAGUCUUACACAGCUGAAACAAGAAGACUGGGGGAUUACAGCCAUGGAAUCCAUUGCAUAAUCUCAGUGAUGUUUCUGAUUGUACUAAUCUUGAAAAUAGUUUUACUUGUUUUAGAUUGGGUUUGUCCAUUUCAUAUAUAUAUAUAUAUAUAUACUCCAAUAUAAUCCUAGAGUCUUGCUAUUAUUCUUGUGGAGAAUUGGGUUGCAUUGGUUGUGAAUGGCAUGUAGUUGCAUUCAAUACCAUUAAAAUUUUGGUGACUCAAUGAGCUUAAAUGUUCUCUCUUUCAUGAACUACACAUUUUCUGCAUGUUGGAACAGAUAUAUUACCAGGCAGCAUUGGCAUUUACAAUGUUUUUCCUUGGCCACAUGAUUUCCCACCAACACUUUUUUUUCUUUUCCACAGAAAUAACUGCUUCUCUACCUCAUAUUUGAGCAUGGGAUGGAACAUUGGAUGAGUUGAUGUUAAUUCAUUUUGUAGAUAAUGUCCAUUUAUCCUUGGUAUUCA